GAAAUCAAAAACGAAAACCAAGCAUUAAAAAAUAAAUUAGCAUUAGCCGAGGAAUUAUUGGGCGUAAAGGGUGCGACAGGAGAGGUUGACGGAACUCCCGGUGGAGCGGUGAAAUGCGUAGAUAUCGGGAAGAACACCAAAGAGGCGAAGGCAGUUAACUAUUCUGGUCCUGACAUUGAGGCACGAAAGCGUGGGGAGCAAAACGGAUUAGAUACCCGUGUAGUCCACGCCGUAAACGAUGAUACGCUCGCAAGAGUGAAACUCAAAGGAAUUGACGGGGACUCGCACAAGCACUGGAGCAUGUGGUUUAAUCCGAUGCAACGCGUAGAACCUUACCAAGGCUUGACAUGUUUGGCAAAACUGUGGAAACACAGCGGAGGUUAUCCAAACACAGGUGCUGCAUGGCCGUCGUCAGUUCGUGCCGUGAGGAGGAAGGAAAGGAUGACGUCUGGUCGUCAUGGCCCUUAUGCCUUGGGCGACACACGUGCUACAAUGUCGGAAUUGCUAGUAAUCGCCAAUCAGCCAUGUGGCGGUGAAUACGUUCUCGAGUCUUGUACACACCGCCCGUCAAGUCACGAAAGCCGUCGUAACAAGGUAUCCGUAAGGGAAUUUGCGGAUGGAUUUUUUAUUAUAAAACUAAGUUGGUUCUGUCUAGUCUUGAAAGACGAUAAAAAUGUUGUGAAGAGUGGUAAAUCAGGACAGGAAACUAAAAACCAAGAAUUAAACAGAAAACAAACAAAAAACUUUCCCGCUUGUCCUAUUUUCUAG